AUGACUGUCGGUGACAAGCAAAAAUGGACUGCAACUAACGUUCGUUCCACAUUUUUGGAUUUUUUCAGUCAACGUAGCCAUAAGUUUGUUGCUUCUUCCCCAGUUGUGCCAUAUGAUGACCCUACGCUGCUGUUUGCUAAUGCCGGUAUGAAUCAAUACAAGCCCAUUUUUUUGGGUACGGUGGAUCCAUCUUCCGAUUUCUAUAACUUGAAAUGUGCGAUGAACUCGCAAAAAUGUAUUAGAGCUGGUGGUAAACAUAACGAUUUGGAAGACGUCGGAAGAGACUCUUACCACCACACCUUCUUCGAAAUGCUUGGGAACUGGUCUUUUGGCGAUUAUUUCAAAAAAGAAGCUAUUGCAUACGCAUGGGAGUUGCUUACCAAAGUAUACGAAAUUCCAGCGGACAGACUCUAUGUGACCUAUUUUGAAGGUGAUGCAAAACAGGGACUGGAAGCAGACACCGAAGCGCGCGACUUCUGGCGCCAAGUUGGGGUUCUAGACGACCACAUCUUGACCGGUGACACAAAGGACAAUUUCUGGGAAAUGGGCGAACAAGGUCCAUGUGGUCCUUGUUCUGAGAUUCACUACGACCGUAUCGGAGGCAGAAAUGCGUCGUCCUUGGUCAAUAUGGAUGACCCGGACGUUUUGGAAAUCUGGAACAUCGUUUUCAUCCAGUACAACAGAGAACAGAACGGGAAAUUGAGACCUUUGCCCGCCAAACACAUUGAUACCGGAAUGGGUUUCGAGAGACUUGUGUCUGUUUUGCAAGAUGUUAGAUCCAACUACGACACUGACGUGUUCCAGCCGCUGUUUGCUCGUAUUCAAGAAAUCACAGGCGCUAGAGGCUACGCCGGAAAGUUCGGAGCUGAAGAUGUCGACGGUGUUGACACAGCUUAUAGAGUCUUGGCCGAUCACGUACGUACGCUAAUGUUCGCGUUGGCUGAUGGUGGUGUGCCAAACAAUGAGGGAAGAGGUUACGUGCUGAGACGUAUCUUGAGAAGAGGUGCUCGUUACGCGCGUAAAUAUUUGAACUACCCAAUUGGUAACUUCUUCUCUACUUUGGCUCCCACUUUGAUAGAACAAACAAAAAGUAUGUUCCCUGAAAUUGCAAAAGAUCCAAGCUAUUUGUUCGAAAUUUUGGAUGAAGAGGAGGCUUCUUUCGCCAAGACUCUAGACAGAGGUGAAAAAUUAUUUGAAAAGUACGCCCAGACCGCCUUGGAAACUGAGGCCAAGACGUUGGAUGGUCUUCAAGUCUGGAGACUAUACGACACCUACGGUUUCCCCGUCGAUUUGACGGAACUGAUGGCCGAAGAACAGGGUUUGAAAAUUGACGGUCCUGGCUUCGAGAAGGCUAAACAGGAGUCUUACGAGGCUUCUAAAAAGGGCGGUAAAAAGAGCGCUUCGGACUUGAUCAAGCUAGAUGUUCACGGGCUCUCAACUUUGAAUUCAGAAAGCGUUGCUAAGACUGAUGACUCUCCAAAGUAUACCUCUGCCAACGUGGAGGCUACGGUCUUGAAGAUCUACGAUGGUGAAAACUUUGUUUCUAGUACCGGCGAAGUGGGCAAUCAAUAUGGUGUGAUUCUUGACCAAACCUGUUUCUACGCUGAGCAAGGUGGUCAAGAAUACGAUGUCGGAACUUUGGUGAUUGACGGCUCUACUGAAUUUAAAGUAGAAAAUGUUCAGCUUUAUAACGGUUACGUGUUCCACACCGGGUUUGUUGCUGAAGGUGAACUCAAAGUUGGUGACAAAAUCAUUGCUUCCUUUGAUGAACUACGCCGUUUCCCUAUCAAGAACAAUCACACUGGUACCCACAUUUUGAACUUUGCAUUAAAAGAAGUGCUCGGAGGCGAAGUCGACCAAAAGGGUUCCCUGGUCAGCCCAGAAAAACUGAGGUUUGACUUCUCCCAUAAAAAGGCUCUGACUUUGGACGAAGUGAAAAAAGUUGAAGAUGUGUGUAGCCAGCAGAUCAAAGCCAAUCUGCAGGUAUACUUCAAAAAUGUUCCUUUGCAUUUGGCUCAGCAAAUAUCAUCCGUUCGUGCAGUCUUCGGUGAAAGUUACCCAGAUCCUGUCCGCGUUGUGUCCGUCGGCAAACCGGUUGACGAUUUGUUGACAAACCCAACGAGCGAAGAGUGGCAGAAGUACUCGGUUGAGUUCUGCGGUGGUACCCACGUCAACAAGACCGGUGACAUCAAGGAAUUUGUCAUUACCGAGGAAAGUGGUAUCGCCAAGGGUAUUCGCAGAAUCGUUGCAGUUUCGGGUACCGAAGCUCAUGAAGUGCAAAGAAUUGCAUCUAGCUUCGACGCAGAGCUUGAAGCCGCUGAUAAAUUGCCAUUCUCGCCUCUGAAGGAGAAGAAACUAAAGGAACUCGGUGUCAACCUUGGCCAGCUAAACAUUUCUGUCCUCGCCAAAAACGACCUAAAGACCAAGUUUGCCAAGGUUGAAAAAGCUGUUAAAGAUGAGCUUAGAACUCGUGCUAAGAAGGAAACCAAGCAGACCGUCGAUGAAGUCAAGAACUUUUUCGCAGAAAACGAAUCUGCUCAAUUUUUCGUCAAGUACAUCGAUAUCCCAACCAACGCCAAAGCCAUCACCGAAGCUGUCACUUACAUGAAGACCUCGGCCCAAGACAAAACCAUUUAUUUGCUGAACGGUAGCGAAAAGGUUGCCCACGGUUGUUACAUUUCCGACAAAGCCCUCGAGAAAGGUGUUGUUGGUCGCGACUUGUUGGACAGAAUUUCUCGCAAUAUUGGUGGUAAGGCUGGUGGUAAAGCCAACGUUUUCCAAGGUGUUGGUGACAAGCCAGACGGGAUUGAGAACGCUGUCAAGGAAGUUUCUGAACUUCUACAAGAGAAGCUUUCAAUUUAA